UCUCGUUCUGAUGGCUGUGGCGGUUGGCUUUGCGAGAGCAAGCAUUGCUACGAUAAGCUCAACUCUUUUGGGAAUGCUGUUUGUAUGUCAACAAGAGGCAGCGUUCGGCAAUCUGUGCUUCUGGCAGUCCCUGGGCUCCGCCGCCAUAUUGGCCCUUGGUAUCCCACAAUCCAUGUGUGCCUACCACGUGAUCUCAAUCGUCAUGUGCAUCCUCGUGUUCGCCCUGGGAAUGUUCUGUUUGCUGGAGCUGCGAUUGAAGCGAGAGCAGACACCAGGCGAGAAGAAGCUUGAGAAGGAGGCUGAGGGGAAAGAAAUGACGACAGAAAUGUUGGCCAUUGCAGAGCCGACCAACAACGAAAUAUCAAUCGACUGAUGACAUGUAGAGAUCCCUAUCAUACCUAUGAACCUAUCCAGGGGCUGUCUAGUAUGCAGCUUUUACCAUGAGCCGAGGUUAGCACCGGUGACUCGCGUUGCGCGCGCAGAAUGCAUAUUUAUGAAUCAUGGCGGUAAAGGUACCCAUAAUGCUUCCCGUUUAUUUUUUUGGAAUGAAAUGAGUCG